AUGGACAUGGGCAGCAAAGAGGUCUUGAUGGAGAGCCCGCCGGACUACUCUGCAGCCCCCCGGGGUCGGUUCGGCAUCCCCUGCUGCCCUGUGAACCUCAAACGCCUUCUCAUCGUGGUCGUGGUGGUGGUCCUUGUCGUCGUGGUGAUUGUAGGGGCCCUGCUCAUGGGCCUCCACAUGAGUCAGAAACACACCGAGAUGGUCCUAGAGAUGAGCAUCGGGGCACCAGAAGCCAAGCAACGCCUGGCCCUGAGUGAGCAUGUGGGUACCACUGCCACCUUCUCCAUCGGCGCCACAGGCCUUGUAGUGUACGACUACCAGCGGCUCCUGAUCGCCUAUAAGCCGGCCCCGGGAACCUGCUGCUACAUCAUGAAGAUGGCUCCGGAGAGCAUCCCCAGUCUUGAGGCUCUCACUAGAAAAUUCCAGGGCUUCCAGGCCAAGCCUGCAGCGCCCCCCUCUAAGCUGGGCCAGGAGGAGGGGCCAGACCCAGAUGCCGCGUCCCCUGGAGGAGACCUGCCCUUCCUGGGCAUUGCCGCGCGCACCCUGUGUGGCGAGGUGCCUCUCUACUACACCUAG